AUGACGUCCAGCGAGGUUUAUCUACUGCCACUCAGAGACGACGGGUCGCCUGAUGUCGCCGGUGAAUACAUCUAUUUGGCGCCGCGACUGGACGACCCAUUGGUAAUCCGCUUCGCAAUUGAGGGCACCUCGUCGAUAUGUCGUCAUGGAACGCUCUGGGUCAACAUCCCCGAGAGUGGGCAGGAAUUCCGUCGCGACAAGUUCAGGGAAUUCAAACUUUCUCCCGACUUCAAUCGCACCAUCGAGAUCUCCGUGCCCGUCUACCAGCCCGGCGCAUAUGCAUUCUACGCGACCUACGCUGAGCUUCCGGAGCUGAGCGCAGAAGGCUCGGGCGACAAUGCCUCCUCCGGCGAUGACCUCAAGAAAACGCCCCUCUACUAUAUCGACGUUGCGCCCCAGCUCAAGCUUGACGGAAGGCCCUUGCCCCUUCCUGCCCUGUCCGUUUUCUCUGUCAUUAGCAAGUUCAUGGGCAAAUACCCCUCGGACUGGGAGCGGCAUCUAAGAGGCAUCAGUGACCGUGGCUACAAUAUGAUUCAUUUUACACCUCUUCAAGUCCGAGGUGAAUCAAACUCCCCCUACAGUUUAUACGACCAGCUGGGUUGGGAUCCUGCCAGCUUCCCGAAUGGCGAAAAAGAUGUUCAGAAGCUAGUGGAGAGCUUGGAGAAGGACCAUUCUCUAUUGAGUUUGACCGAUAUUGUCCUCAACCACACCUCAAAUAAUACAGCCUGGCUUGAGGACCAUCCAGAAGCAGGUUACAACAUGUCUACCGCCCCUUGGUUAGAAUCAGCAUUUGUCCUCGACUCCAAAUUGCUUGAGUUGAGUGGUCGGCUCACCGAACUUGGACUUCCCACCGAGAUAAAAUCAAAUGAUGAUCUCACGGUCAUUAUGGAGGCGAUCAAGAAAGAGGUCGUUGCUAAGAUACGACUUUGGGAGUUUUACGUUCUCGAUGUCGACUACAAUGCUGAGGCUGCGGUAAACGCAUGGCUCAACAAGGAGACAUAUACCCCAGAAAAGGGCCUUGAUUUCCCUGGGGACAUCGGAGACUUGGCAACAACGAGCCUGGAGAAGCAGGUGGAAUUCGUGAGGAAAUUUGGACAGAGAGGCACUGAUCGCCUAGGCGAGCGCUUCCGCCGCAAGAUCGACCCCAAGCUUGCAUCCAGCUUCUUAUCAUUUACCUUGGGUCGAUACGACAGCGAAGGUACAAAUGGACCUGACAAAGCUGCCGCAAAGGCUAAAAUUGUUCAGCUUUUGGACGUCCUAAAUGUUGAGUUCUACAAGGAAUAUGAUGCCGAAGUGGACGAAAUACUUCAGCAACUGUUCAAUCGCAUCAAAUAUGUACGCCUGGAUGAUCAUGGCCCCAAAUUGGGCCCCAUCAACGACGCAAACCCGCUGAUUGAAACAUACUUUACUCGCCUGCCGGAAAACGACACCACUUCCAAACUUGAACCGGGAGAGAAAGCGCUGGUAAACAACGGGUGGGUCUGGGGUGGAAAUGCGUUGGUUGAUAAUGCAGGGCCUACCUCACGGGUUUACCUUCGUCGAGAGGUAAUUGUUUGGGGCGACUGCGUGAAGCUCAGAUAUGGGUCUGGCCCUCGGGAUAACCCCUGGCUGUGGGAUCAUAUGACAAAGUAUGCUCGGAUGCUUGCCAAGUAUUUCGCGGGCCUCCGGAUUGAUAAUUGCCACUCGACGCCGAUCCAUCUUGCUGAACAUAUUCUUGACGAAGCGCGUAGAGUCAGACCAAAUCUCUAUGUGGUUGCUGAGCUCUUCACUGGAUCCGAAGAGAUGGAUUACGUUUUUGUCAAAAGACUUGGAUUGAGUUCUCUGAUUCGUGAGGCUAUGCAGGCAUGGAGCACUGCUGAGCUGAGCAGACUCGUGCAUCGCCAUGGAGGAAGACCAAUUGGAAGCUUCGAGGUUGAUGAGAUCACACGAUCCGAUACACCCACGGCUCCCUCAAGCCCCACGGGCCUUGGCCCAGACAGCUCACAGAGCAACGGCACAUACUCGAGAGAGAUCAUCCGAACUAUCAAGCCUGCCCCAGUCCACGCACUUUUUAUGGACUGUACACACGACAAUGAAACGCCGGCCCAAAAGCGAGACGCUCGGGAUACCCUUCCCAAUGCGGCUCUUGUCAACAUGUGCUCGAGUGCGACCGGUAGUGUCAUGGGUUAUGACGAAAUCUAUCCCAAGCUCAUCGACCUUGUGAAUGAAACGAGGCUUUACACGUCGGAGUCUUCAGGAACGACCCCCGUUCAAGUUGGCGGCGGUAGGAACGGCAUUGGUGGUGUGAAGAAGCUGUUAAAUCAAAUCCACACACUGAUGGGCAAAGACGGAUAUGAGGAGACGCACAUUCAUCACGACGAUCAAUACAUUACCGUCCACCGGGUACAUCCCGAGUCCAGAAAGGGCUAUUUCUUGAUUGCGCAUACGGCAUUCCCCGGGUAUGGAAAUGGCAACGGCGCCUUCAGUGCGGUAACUCUCACGGGAACCAAAGCCCGGCAUCUGGGAAGCUGGAUGCUGGAAGUUGACAGCAGCGAUGAUACAACUCGAGAGGUGCUUAGCGACGCGAAGGCACUGAGAGGUCUCCCCAGCCGGGUAGUUGACUUACCUGGAAUCAGGAUGGAAUAUACCGGAGACGACACUGUCAUUACAGUGAGAGACAAGUUCCCGCCCGGUAGUAUUGCGUUGUUCGAAACAUGGAUCCCCAGCGCAGAACAUUCAGCAGGUCUGGAUACAUACGUCACCUCUGGAGCCAAAGAGGCUUGGAGAGACCUGGAUUUGGUCGAUCUCAACUUCUUGGUAUAUCGAUGUGAGGCUGAGGAGAGAGACUCUAGCGACGGUCGGGACGGUGUCUAUGAUAUUCCCGGUCACGGCAAGUUGAUUUACGCGGGUCUCCAGGGCUGGUGGAGCAUUUUGGAACCGAUCAUUCGAGAAAAUAAUCUUGCUCAUCCGCUCUGCCAAAAUCUUCGAGAUGGCCAAUGGGCACUGGACUACAUUGUUGGCCGCCUACAAAGGAUCAGCUCCACCGAGACGUACAAGCGGCUUUCCAAGCCUGCUACAUGGCUUCAAGAGAGAUUUGAUGCCAUCCGCAAAAUCCCAAACUUCCUCCUUCCUCGGUACUUUGGCCUCAUCAUCCGGACAGCAUACGUGGCCAGCAAGGAGCGCUCUAUUGCAUUGAUGAGCGAAGAUGUACAGAUGGGCCAGUGGUUUCUCCAAAGUCUGGCCCUUGUAAGUGUCCAACAGACAGGUUAUGUCAAGUCAGCUUCUCUGUGGCCUGAUAAAGCCGUCCCAUCCCUAGCUGCCGGGCUACCUCAUUUCGCAGUCGAAUGGGCGAGAUGCUGGGGGCGUGACGUCUUCAUUUCAAUUCGAGGUCUGUUUCUAGGGACAGGACGUUUUGAAGAAGCAAGAGAACACAUCCUCGCCUUUGGAAGUGUUUUGAAGCAUGGAAUGAUUCCAAACUUAUUAAGUAGCGGAGAUGCGCCUCGUUACAAUGCCCGGGAUUCUAUUUGGUUCUUCUUGCAGGCUAUCCAAAACUACGUCCGCCUUGCUCCAGAAGGUGACGAAUUCUUAAAGACCAAAGUGAGGCGUCGCUUUUUGCCCUAUGACGAUACUUGGUUCCCCAAAGAUGAUCCACGCACGUACUCAAAGGAUAGUACAAUUGAAGACAUUAUCCAAGAGGCUCUUCAGAGACAUGCGUCAGGGAUGCAAUAUCGUGAAGCAAAUGCUGGCCCGCAGAUUGAUUCUCAGAUGAAAGACGAAGGCUUUAACCAAGACAUCAAGGUGGAUUGGAAUACUGGUCUCAUCUUUGGUGGCAAUCAAUCUAACUGUGGAACCUGGAUGGACAAGAUGGGUGAGAGUGAGAAGGCUGGCUCCAAGGGAGUUCCAGGAACUCCACGUGACGGCGCUGCUAUCGAAAUCACCGGUCUCCUCUACAGCACCUUGGUCUGGUUGGCAAAACUCCACAAGGCUGGCAAAUAUCCAUACGAAUCAGCCACAAAGGCCGACGGUACGCCUGUGACCUUUGACGAGUGGGCAGGCCGAAUCAAGGAUAAUUUUGAGAAGUGCUACUACGUCCCCGAGUCACCGGAGGAAGAUGCGAACUAUGAUGUGAACAGUGCUAUUGUCAACCGCAGGGGUAUCUACAAAGACUUAUACAAGUCGGGCAAGGAAUUCGAAGACUACCAGCUUCGUGCCAACUUCCCCAUCGCCAUGACGGUCGCACCAGACCUGUUCGAUGACAAGCAUGCACUCCACGCACUCUGCCUGGCCGACAAAGUGCUGCGAGGGCCAACUGGAAUGGCCACUCUUGACCCUGCCGACUUGAACUACAGACCCUAUUACCGGAAUAGUGAGGACAGCGAGGACUUUGCGACAAGCAAGGGGCGCAAUUACCAUCAAGGACCUGAGUGGUUGUGGCCUACCGGUUUCUUCCUAAGGGCGCUCCUAAAAUUCGAUCUGAAGAGACGGACAACAAGGGAGGACAGAACAGAAGCAUUCCAACAAGUGACGCGACGCCUGGCUGGGUGCAAGAAAAUGAUCAAGGAAAACGUCUGGGCCGGAUUAGUUGAGCUAACACAGAAGAACAAUGAGCCUUGCCCAGAUUCAAGCCCGACGCAGGCUUGGUCCGCAGGCUGUCUUAUCGACCUGUAUAUGGAUGCUGCGGAAGAGCAGGAGGUGAAGAGGGAUUAA